AUGUUUACUCCAACACGGCGGCUCUUUCAACAAGCCCUCGCAUGCCGGAUCACACUCUUCACUCGCGAUGGGUGCGGCUUGUGUGUAAGGGGGAAAUCGGCCCUCUCCGCCGUGUGGGAUAAGAGGCCGUUUGACUUCACAGAGGUUGAAAUUACGAAGCCAGAAUUUAAACGGUGGAAAGACCUAUACGAUUUCGAUGUGCCUGUGAUCCACAUCAGCAAAGCCGAGGCCCCUGAGGAGGACCCAGACCCCAGAGUCGUGGGCAAGGCCGUCAAGCUCAUGCAUCGCUUCGAUCCCGACCAGAUCGAAGCCAAGAUGGACCGGGUUGAGGGCAAAUAA